GUCGCACUAUUGCUAAAAAUUUGGGAUGUAGUAAAGCAGCUGUUUAUAAUACACUUAAACGCCUUCGUCAAACUGAGCCUAAAGCUUUUGUUCAAGAAAAUGGUGAAAAUCUUGGACUUAGUACUCAUAUUCCUCGUUACAAACCUGCAAUAACAGAAGCACAUUGUCAAAUUCAUCUUGAAUGA